GUAAAAUCAUAACAAGUUAAGCUCUAGAUUACUCUCUCGGCUACAACAGGCCCACCAUUAACUUUUCGAAUGCUUCUAUAUGUUUCCUAAUACACCUUACCAGAUAUCAUUAUUUCAAGAGUCUCACCAUGGUAUUGUUGCAUCAGGCAAUUUGCUCAGAGUAGAAAGUCUCUUUCUAAGUCCAUCUAGUAUCAUUGGCAUGGUUUGUGUGGCAGUCAUGGCGCCUUCCUACGUUAUUCGUAUUGUUUGACUCUUUUCGAAUUUGAUGUUUGACUCAAUACAUAUCGUUGAACACGAACGAUAGUUUUAAGGAAUACACACAUACCUCUUUCUAACUUCCUCCUUGAUAGAUUUGGAAUAUUAUUUUUAUGUUGGACGCAAUACACCGGUAGUAUGUCCUUUCAAACCGGGAGCAAAGCAACAAAUCUAGAACAUAGGAUGGCCCCAGCUGACGAGCCCUUAUAAUCAGC